AUGUUAUCAUUCUCUAGAUUGACUGCCUCAUCAACUUCAUUAUCGCUAUGUAGAACAUUCUCUACAGGUUCCAUAAUGUUAGCAGCUCGUGGAAUUCCUUCGGCUGCUAAAUUAAGAAUUCUUAAGAAAGAAGAAAUAAUGAAAAAUAAACCAAAGAGACCAUUGAAUUCAUACUUAUUAUAUUGUGCAGAACAAAGACCUAUUAUAUCAAAGAAUCAUCCAGAAAUGAAAAAUCCUGACAUGACAAAAUUAAUUUCUCAACAAUGGAAUUCUCUUUCAGAUAUUGAAAAGCAACCAUAUAAGGAUAAUGCAGCUAGAAAUUCAGAGGCUCAUUCAAUUAUGAUGGGUGAAUUUUCAAAGACUUUACCACCAAAGAAACCUGCUGGCCCAUUUGUUUUAUUUGCUAACGAAAUUAGGCCAAAAUUAAAUGAAGAAUAUCCAAUGUUAGAUUUUGUUGAAAAAUCAAAGAUUACUUCAACUAGAUGGAAAGCUUUGGAUGAAGAAUCAAAGGCUCAUUAUGGUGAACUUUACUCAAGAAAGAUGAAAGAAUGGCAAGAACAAAUUGAUCGGAUGUAA